AGUAGACGUUGCUGCUCAGGCUUCAAGAUGGCGGAAGCCCCGACAACUCAAGAGGAGGUGGCGGUGGAGGAGUUCCUGGCUGAGCUGAGGUGUCAGGAACAGUCUCAGAAUGCAGAUCUUGUCAGUCAGAUGACAGCAGUUAAGUUCCUCAUGGCAAGAAAGUUUGAUGUCUCCAGAGCCAUAGACCUCUUUCAGGCUUACAAGAACACCAGAAUAAAGGAAGGCAUCUACAAUAUUAACCCAAAUGAGGAGCCUUUAAGAAGCGAGUUACUCAGUGGGAAAUUCACAGUUCUGCCCGGUCGUGACGCGAAAGGUGCGGCUUUGGCACUUUUUACAGCACGUCUCCAUCGGCCAGACCUCACUACCCAUAAGGCUGUUCUUCAGGCCAUUAUAUAUCAGCUGGACAAGGCCAUUGAGAGCGUUCAGACACAGAGAGAUGGGCUCAUUUUCAUCUAUGAUAUGACUAACUCCACAUAUGGCAAUUUUGACUAUGAGCUUUGCGUCAAGAUUUUGAAUCUGCUUAAAGGGGCUUUCCCUGCUCGUCUGAAAUGUGUCUUUAUUGUGUCGUCGCCGCUGUGGUUCAGAGCACCGUUUACGGUACUCCGUCUGUUUGUGAGAGAGAAACUGAGAGAGAGGGUGUGCACUGUAAAAGCCCACGAACUGGUCAAUCACAUACCGUUCAGCUCUCUUCCAGAACAUUUGGGUGGCUCGUCACAGUAUAGUCACAUUGCUUGGAUCCAGUCCUGUGUCAACUCCAGCCCCAACCACCCUAAUAACUCGCCCUACGUCACUGCGGACUGCUUGGGCAGUCUGCUCCGCUCCUACUCCAUGGAGCAUGGCCAGAACACUUCAGCAGACCCCUUAACUGCCAAUACUUCAGGGGCCACUCUCCUGGGGGAUGGACUGAACUCAAACUGCCCCAUACUGGAUGACGGAAAUGCCAACCUGCAGAACCACAGGACAGCGGGACAUGCACAUUGGAACGGCUCUGUACUGCCAGGUUCAGGGGGAAUCUCGGGGUCCAACGCCAAUGUCAUCAAUGGCCGUGGCCGGCAUCCGCCACCACAGUCAGACACGCCCCCAGACACACCUCUGCAUCAAAAACACACAGCUGGUGCCAUAGUACCAGGAGGUGGCGGGACUGUGGGUAUGGAAGGUGCAUGUUUGUACGACAGUAGGCAGGAUGGCAAUGGCGCUGAGGACAGCCAACAGGAUGUGGAGUUUCUGGAAGAGGAAGUGGAUGGGGGAGAUGGCAUUCCACCCCUCCCGUUGAAAUCAAGGCCGCCACCUCUCCAUCACAGCUCUGCCCCGAAUAUGAGCUGGUUCCCGGGAACGGAAACGGCUGCAUUGUCAGUGCAUGUGGCUGAGCCAGGCGGAAUGAGCAUGCAGGAUCUGGUGCAGCACGUUAAACGUAAAAAGAAGAAGUGCAUUUAUCAGGAGUACGAGGAGAUCCGCAAAGAACUUCCUGCUGGAACCUUUGACUACUCUAAGAAAGUCUCUAACCAGAUAAAGAAUCGCUACAGUGAUGUCCUUUGCCUUGACCAAUCACGUGUUCGACUUUGUCCGCUCAACAAUGAGGAUGACGAGGUCAGAGUAAUCCAAGAACAGCACAAUUGCAUCACAAACCGAUUGUGUAGUCAAAGGCAUACAGUGAUCCUGAAGCUUCUCUUUCAGACAGGGGAAUGUAGGGAAGUGUCUCAUUAUCUCUACAUGAGCUGGCCAGAUUUUGGUGUUCCGAAGUCAGCGUCGGCCAUGUUGGAUUUCCGGGCACACGUGAAACGGAGACAAGAGUCCUCACUACGAACACUGCAUCCUGAUUGGACGGGAUCCCCAGGAGGCCCCCCAGUGGUGGUGCACUGCAGCGCAGGCAUCGGCCGAACAGGCACGUUUUGUACUUUAGACAUUUGUCUCUCUCGUCUGGAGGACAUCGGGACAGUGGACAUUAAGCAGACGGUGCGUCGCAUGCGGACGCAGCGUGCCUUCAGCAUCCAAACGUGGGACCAGUACUACUUUUGCUAUAAAGCAGUGAUCGAGUACGCCCAACAGAGCGGCCUCCUGCAGCCCGUGGAGUGGUCCGACACCGAGCUGGAGACCGACAGCGAGUGAAUCAGGAAAAACAGAACUCGCACGGAAGGAAAAGAAGCCGUCUUUUCCCCUUUCUUGGCCACAGGUAGACUCCAACGCCGAGGAGGGAGCGGAGGAUGCUUUUGUCCUGCCACUUUUCAAGCCCUUCUUUUCACUCUGAUCCAGACGAGAUCAGAGAUUGUGGCUUGAUGUACGAGUUGUAGCAUUUAUUCUUUGUUUUGUUUUUUAUAAAUACUGACUUGCACAUGUGGAAUGACAAACUUGAAAAAUCCAGUUUAUCGUAUUACCUGCUCUUUUUAUUUUAAUGCUCAGUGUUGUCGAAAUUCAAUAUCGCUCAACUUGGGGGUUAAAUUCACACUUUUUAUCAAAAGUGUAAAAACAUAAAACUUGAAUAUUCUUUUUUUUUCUUUUUUUUUUUCUCCGUCACAUUAAAAUAGCAACUUCUUUGUGUCUGAACAGGUUCCGACAGGUUUCUUUCAGUUGUGUACUUCAUCGUUAAACUAAUCUUCAAGCCAAAGGUAUGUUUUCGAAUGCUUGGAUGUAUCCGUAAUGAUCGGUGUGACUUAUAUCUUGUAACAUACAUCAUAUAUAUAUA